AGCUCCAGGCGCAAAUUGUAUUUUAAAAGCGCGCUACUAAGCCCCCUUCCUCAUUUAACACUGAUAAGGAUCAUCUAAGGGUCGCACGUCAGAGAGCACGGACGAAGCUACAGCCGCAGCGAAAUCAACAUGGUGAAUUUCCUUCUGUUAUUUAGCGCGAUAGCCUCUCUGUUCUACCAAGGCUCGUCCGCGAGUAAUGGAUGUUGCAGCAAAUUUUCCCAGCAGCAAGAAGUACAGCUGAGGACAUUACUCAAGCAAGAGGCAGGCUCUUUAAGACAGGGAAUGCAAAAGAUGUGUCCUAAAAUGCCAAGUCGGUGGAAUAGACUAAAUGUAACGAAAUCCUGCUUCGGUGCCAAAGGUAAUAAGCCAGGUAAAUUCACCAUCACAAAGGAAGGCUUUUUGGCUGCUUUCAAAGUGGUACACACUGGAGGUCAGGUGAACUGCGAAAAAGAUGACUGCCAUGCUAGCCACGGCUCAUUCGCCAGCAAAUGGGGAUGCUCGACAAGGCACCCGUAUGUCGGUAAGACUCCCCUGGGUACAUUCAUUACCACGUCGUCCGAACGGGUUUUGUUUCCGCGCGAGAAGUUCAUCCGGAACAAGUCAAUGUCCAUGUGGUACGCGCUUCCGGGUUUCGAACCCGAUUCUCCGUUCCUUGUCUUCCACGAUUUCGCCAACCCGGAAUUCGUCCAAUAUGGCCAACAAAUAGAAAUCUGGUACGGAGAAGAUCUGGUCGGUGUCAGCGAAGAUGAUAAUGAUGGUGAAUCCUGUGUUGAGGUGUUUGCUUGGUAUCUCUAAAUGGACUGAACAUGACUUUGAGUUUUAACUCUUUCAAAAAAGCGCUGCAAGUCGAGUUGCAUACAACUUCCGUGGCAACUUCGGUCGAAAGUAUUUGCAAAUAAACCCUAACAAAUUCCGAUUCACUUCGUUUAAUCGGAAAGUGCAAAGCAUUACGAAAGUUGUUCGGUCGGCUUGAAUUGUUACUCUCAAGAUAUGCCCUGUUACCUCGCUACCCGUAAACGAACACCGCUGCUCGGCAGACACGAUUCUCGGAGACAUAAUGCGCACUUCGGUGAAGAUGCUGUUCGCUUGCCCCUCGACUGAACUAUCUCGACAAAAGUUGCCACGAAACUUGCAGUCUGUCGCAGCGCUAAAAGUUGACUUAUAAAAAGUGCGCUUUCUUUUUUGUGUGUUGUUUAACUUUAUAAUCGAUUUGAAUACCAUUUUGAUCACAUUUUCGCUGUAAUUAUUCGCCUUUUCUAAGUAGAAUAAUAGAGACAGGUGAGGAAAAUUAUUAAAAAUAAAAUUGAAACUCA